GGGAGAGGAGUGGGAGGCAGGCAUGGGAGGGAGGGGCAGGUGUAAUGUGGAGGGGAUUAACAGGUGCUUGAGCUGGGACCCGGCACAAGAUGCCGGCUCCACCCCGCGACCCCAGGGCGGUGAGGGUGACCGAGACCCAAAGGAGAGCAGGGCCCCGAGGACGGAAGGAGUUCCAGCCUUGGGGGGUGGGGGGUGCUACGUGGCUCCCGUGUGGGGAGGGGGGAUGGGGUGGGAGGCCGCCCAGGGUUGAGGAGGACAGGGGCGGGGCCGACCGCGGGGACACGCGGCGCUGCCCUGACGUCGCUCCCGCCCCCAGCUGAGAAGGUGAGCUCCCUGGGCAAGGACUGGCACAAGUUCUGCCUCAAGUGCGAGCGCUGCGGGAAGACGCUGACGCCCGGGGGCCACGCCGAGCACGACGGGAAGCCCUUCUGCCACAAGCCCUGCUAUGCCACGCUGUUCGGACCCAAAGGUGUGAAUAUUGGAGGUGCCGGCUCGUACAUCUAUGAGAAGCCCUCUGCUGAGGGACCUCAGGUCACUGGCCCCAUCGAGGUCCCCGUGGCCCGCGCUGAGGAGCGUAAGGCGAGCGGCCCCCCCAAGGGGCCCAGCAAAGCCUCCAGCGUCACCACGUUCACCGGGGAACCCAACAUGUGUCCUCGCUGCAACAAGAGGGUCUACUUUGCCGAGAAGGUGACGUCUCUGGGCAAGGACUGGCACCGGCCGUGCCUGCGCUGCGAGCGCUGCGGGAAAACGCUGACUCCGGGCGGGCACGCAGAGCACGAUGGCCAGCCCUACUGCCACAAGCCAUGCUAUGGGAUACUCUUUGGACCCAAGGGAGUGAACACUGGAGCCGUGGGCAGCUACAUCUAUGACAGGGACCCUGAGGGCAAAGUUCAGCCCUAGGUCUGCAGCCCCCUCCAGGGGCAUGCGCCCAUCUGCCUCCUGCCGGCCCUGCCCAGGGGCCCACUGCUUGGCUCUUCGGGGAGAGUGACAGCUGCCCAGUCCCCCCUCAGCACGUCUUGCCUGCAAGUCCAGGGCCUGCUGCUGGGGGAGGAAGCCACCCUGGGCCAUUGAGAUGAGGCCCACCACCCAUCCUUGUUUCUUGGGCCAUGUCUGUCUUUGUGUCCCAGCCACCUGUUACCCUCUUUGUAUCCUCAUGGCUCCAUGUCCAUGUGGCCCCAUGUGUCCUUGUGCAUCCCCAUGUCUGUGUCUGGUGUCCCCACAUGUCCCUGUGUCCCCUGUGUGUCCUGUGGCCCUCUGUGGGUCUCUGAGGUGGCCAUCCCACUCUCCCCCUCCUGCUGCCUGCCCCACAGUGUUAUUUAUGCCCCUCUCACGGGUGAUGGUCAUGGCCACGCCCCUCACAGUGUUUCAAGGGCAGAGGGCAUCCCUCCAGGAGCCCUCUGCCGUCUCCCACACUGCCUCGCGAGCGCCCACCCGCCACCGUCAUGUGGUUCACACCCAAAUACUGAGACUUUUGCUGCCAAUAAAAGGUUUGAGGACUGCA